CAUGGAUUAGUGUUAAGUAGAAAAAUCGGAUGUUUUACGGCGAGCCGCGGUCCCUGCCAAUUUGGCUCGUCGACCCCGACGAUGCAACUCAUGUGCAGCCGCUGGCGCCAGCGCUGACGGCUAAAAUGCAUCUCAACAACCUCCAGAGCGCGCCCGAGGUCCUCGAGAUUGGCUGCCUUCUCGUGCUGUGGGGCCUGCCCGUCGACCUCGUCAACACCAUCCUCGACGCCGCCGGCGCCGUCCUCGAGUGCCGAGAAGAGUCGGAUGCGACGCUCUACGGGCGCGCGCCGCUCAAUCUAGAGUGCUUGCGGCUCGACGUGCCAGCGAUGGACUGCGACGGCCUCGAGAUCCUGCGCCCCGUCGCGAUCAUCCUCGAGACUGUCUCGCGCGACCAAGGCUGGGCCUCGGACGCACCGGAGCUCAACAACUCGUACGUGGGCUGCCACAGCUGGAUCGAGUACCAAGUGCAGGACGUGCUGGGCCACAACCUAAUUCGUACGUCCUGCAGCAACUUUCGGGCGUGCGAGCACUACCGCCGGCACCUCACGUACGUCACAGCGGACGACGUGCUAUCGCUCGUCGCGCCCGGUACCUCGAUUGCGCUGCGCCUGCGCGCGCAGUACGGCGGCUGGAGCAACCACAUUCAGUACGCUCGCAUCUCGGUGGUCGCCUCGGUGGCCUUGCGCGAAGAUGUCGACGCCCCGGCCAUCCUCGCUGCGUUGAUGCUCACCCGACUGCCACACGUGCACGCGUCGACUGUCGACGCCUCAGUGUCACCUGUAUGUGUACUGAUGUAAGCUAGUCAGUCGUCCAUAGGUUAUCCUAUAUUUGAUCAAGUCCGUCGUCCAUUCGUCAAUAUGCA